GGGAGACGGUUACUGCGACACGGCUGAGAGCGGCGUGUGGUCCUCGCGCGGUGCUCUGGUUCCUUCCCUCGAGCGGCCGGGCAGCUCCAUCUUCCCAUUCCCCCUUCCCCCACCACUCCCUGCGGAAUAUGAGGUUGUUGAGGAGAGGACGCUGCACGGCGAAAGUAAGCGGCGCUUGUGGGAAUGAGGAGGAGCAGCAGCAGCGGGCUCGGCUGCCGCCGGUCAGGAAUCCUUUUGUACAUGACAUCCGCUUGUCGGUGCUGCAGAAAGUGCAGUUAGCAAUUAUGACCGUGACUCUGUUCCCAAUUCGUCUGCUCUUGGCUGCUUUCAUGAUGUUGCUGGCUUGGCCAUUUGCCUUCCUCGCUGCAUGGGGCCGUAUUGAAAAAGAACCUGAAAGACCUAUGAACAUGUGGAGAAAGACGUUGGAUUUUUUGCUGAAAGUGAUAAUGAGAGCUAUGUGGUUUGCGGGUGGCUUUCAUUGGAUGACUAUAAAAGGGCGCCGUGCUUUGCCAAAAGAAGCACCUAUAAUGACAUUAGCACCACAUUCUUCAUAUUUUGAUGCAAUUCCAGUUACCAUGACCAUGGCUUCCAUUGUAAUGAAGGCAGAAAGCAAAGACAUUCCUAUAUGGGGAACAUUGAUCAAAUAUAUUCGGCCAGUCUUGGUGUCUCGCUCAGACCAGUAUUCUCGCCGGAAAACAGUCGAAGAAAUUAAGCAAAGAGCCUUGUCUAAUGGCAGAUGGCCUCAGGUAAUGAUAUUCCCAGAGGGUACAUGUACGAAUAGGUCAUGUCUGAUAACCUUCAAACCUGGUGCAUUCAUUCCUGGAGUCCCCGUACAACCUGUGGUCUUGCGUUAUCCUAAUAAAACGGAUACAAUCACGUGGACAUGGCAAGGACCUGGAGCGUUAAAAAUCCUUUGGCUUACGUUGUGCCAACUACACAAUAAUGUGGAAAUAGAGUUUUUGCCAAUAUAUACGCCUUCUGAGGAGGAAAAGAGAAACCCCAUUUUGUAUGCAAACAAUGUUAGAAAGGUAAUGGCAAACGCUCUGGGUGUACCUGUGACUGACUACACAUUUGAAGAUUGUCAGCUUGUAAUGUCUGACAGCCAGCUGAAACUACCUGUGGAUACCUGUCUACUAGAAUUUGCAAAACUUGCCAGAAAGCUCAAUUUGAAGCCUGAUAAAAUUGAAAAGGAACUAGAUGAACUUGCAGAAAGUGCCAAAAAAAUGAAAGGAGGACUGACAACUCUGGACACUUUUGCUCAUUAUUUGAAAUUGCCUAUUUGUGAUGCAAUAAGAGAUAUGUUUUUACUUUUCACGGAGAAUGAAAAUGGAACAAUUGAUAUCAGAGAGUAUGUGAUUGCCUUAUCAGUAGUAUCCAGACCAUCUAAAACGCAUGAAACAAUUAAGUUGGCAUUUAGGAUGUAUGAGUCAAUUGAUCAAACUAUAACAGAAGACGACCUGGCCUGCAUUCUGAAGACUGCUUUGGGAGUAAAUAAGCUUGAUGUAUCAAAACUUUUCACAGUUACUGAUGCUACUCAGCAGAGGAAAAUAAGUUAUAUGGACUUCUGCAAGUUUUCGCAUGCGAAUCCUGACUAUGCUGAGGAGUACCUUUACCCACACCAGAUGAUGGCUGUCACAGAUUGCAUGGAAAAGCAGCUUGCUGCAACUGCUAAUGGGUUUUGCACAGACUUCUCACCUGACCUCCACGAGGAAGAUAAAGAAGAUGGUACUUUGGACAAAAAGAUUAACUAAUUCCAUGGAUAAAAUCCUUCUCCUGGUGAGGGGGGGUGGACCAAUUUAGGGCGCUUACAUUAUUUCUGUACUUUCCUGUAUGAACUCAACUGCCAUUUGUGUUUAUCAUUUUUCCAGUGUGCUAUGAAUUGAACUUGUUUUUAAGAGAAAAUGUAACUGUCAUUGGAAGCAAAGAUUGGGAAGAUGCUCACGAUUUGUACCUAGACUUUGAAGGGAACCAAGCACCUAUUCAGGUCCAUUCACAUAUUUGUGGUACAAGUUAUGGUGACUAUGCAUGCUUAAAGCUUGUAGUUCAGUUGUGCUAGUGGUUUUUUGUGUUUUUAUCUGUUUGUAGUCCAAUUAACUGUUUGUUUAAUUUUAACCACAAAGCUUUUGAAAAAUGGUUGCAGAAGGUGGGGUUAUCAUGUUUCCCUGCCAGUGUUACAAUAUAACAAACUCUUGUUGUAGUGUGGUCUGUACUCUUAAUGAUGUGCUGAUUAGGACACUGUUGCCUAUAUAAUAUUUGUGUCAUUACUGUUCACUUCCCUUGCUGUAAUGACUGAAAAGAGAAAAAUGUGAAUUAAGUUUAAAGAACAUAGUGUGAGGGUUCAUCAGUGUUCGGAUUAACGUUUAAUUUUCUGAAUAUAACUUUACUCUAAUGCCAGGUUAUUUUCAUUAUGAUUGGAGUUAUUUUUAAAGAUUACUGCUAAUAUAUCAAUGUAAUGGAAAAUAUUUGAGGGCAAUUAUCCCACCUAAUUCAUUUGGUUAAUUUUUUAAGCAAUCUUUUUUAUUGAUCUGUUAACAUAACAUAUUCUCUAAGUAUUGCAAAGCAAAUUAACUUGAGAAGGUAGCAUGAAAAUAAGUAGUAACAGACCAAUAAGCAGAUGACUUAUGAUGGAAAUUUGUUAGCAAGAUUUUGAAUGAAGUGAUGCAUGCCAAAGGUUUAAUAGUAUAUGCAGAAUAUGAAAAUAGCCAUUCUGUCUGCUGUAUGGGAAGGCAAAGUUGUUUCAUUCAAGAUAAAGAACAAUGUGCUAAUCGGGAACAAUAUAUGUUGUUUCAUUUGUAUGGUUCAUCUGUAUUGAAUAUUUGCCCAAUAUAGGGCUACCUAAAACUUGAGAAAAGGGAGUUAAGAAAGAAUGAUAAAUAUCUGAAAACUAACUUCAAAAGUGAAGUUACAAAGGAAGGAUACAUAUAUAGCAGUAGUGGUAGAAUCUUGGACAUGACAAACAAAAAAGUGAGAAUUUCCACGAGAGUGUGUUUCACCACAAAGCUAUUAACUUGAAGAUCUGAAUUAUUUAAAUCUAAUUAGUGCUAUUUCAUGUCAUGCCAUGUAGCUGAUUCUACUAAAAAUAAUUAUACUCACUAGUAAUGUUGAGUAAAUAUCACCAUUGAACAAUGUGUAAGGAUGCCACAUAAUGAUGAAUGGACAUUUAAAAGAAAGGAGUUUUACUCUGUUUAAUUCUAUGCAUUUCCAAAUUGUCCCAUUUGAGAAGUGGUCUAGUCAUAGUUAUUAGCACUUCAACUUGAGAAAUGGAGGAAUAUAUAUGAUUUUGCAUUGGAAGAUCCAUACUAUGGUUUUAUAGUCCUGCUCAGUCCAGAAGAUUGCCAUUAUCUGGAUAAAACAGAAAUUCAUAUACCUGAGUCAGUAUUGAAAUGAUUCACAUGAUUGGCUGGUUUGGUCCCCUUAAAUCUGGCAAAUAGCACUUUAUCAAAGUUAUUCAAGAUAGGGAUUGACAUGAGUUUUGAAUGCUGCAGGUCCAGUACUACUGCCAGAGAAAAUUAGGUCAGGUAUGGGGCUGCUAAUGUUUCUGCUUUCCACCAGCAAAAAAAUGGAUGAAGUGUUUUGAAGAAAUAUGGCUUAUGUUUUUUUUCAUUUGAAUGAAAGAGGAGGAGCGAAACUGUUAAAUUGCAAAGUUGUAAAAUGGAGUAAAGCGAUUUCAAUUUCUGUCUCACUUGGGAACUUUUUUUCUCUUUAAAGAUCUUAACUGCCUGCCCUUUUGUCAAGUUUGGUUUGAAGCAUGUAAAAUUAUAUGGAUGGAAGCAAAGUACGCAUUAAUGUCAGAAAAAUGUGUUUCAAUAGUCUCAUUUUUGUUGAUAAAAUGAUAAAAGCACAGGAGUAUGGGAAUUCUGCAUUUUGCCCAUAUGAAAUGAUGUUACAGAUCUACUCCCAGUACUGUGUGAAGUUAAUUUCAUAGGUAAACUAAGACUUCUACGUUAUGGUUAGUUUUAUUUUUUUUCUUUCCUUCCUCUCUCUUCACCCCCCCCCCCCCCCCCCCAAUAAUCAUCAAUGAUUUUUCUUAAGUGGAUCUAUAUGUUUUUGAAAAUUAAUAUUACAGUGCUUUGGGAUAUUUUGGUAGUAAUAUGGCAUUGUGCUGAUUUCAAAUCUAUUAUCUACUCUUUAUUUCAAAGUUUUGUAAAUGUUGUUUAUUCUGCCCUCUUGGCUGAAUGAUGGUGUAUGAUGAUGAAUACCCUGAAGCCAAUGAAUGGUGCAUCUACAGCUCAAGUUGCUGAGUGCUGAGUCCAUCAGUCUAAAGGAAUCAAUAUGGAACUAAAGUUGAUGCUGUGUAACGAUACAUAACUAAGAAUUAUGUUGAAGCUCACUAUUUAAAAUGGUUGUGUAUCUUAAUUUUUGAUUAAUAUCAGGAAUGAUUCAAAGCAAAUUGACAGCAUUGUUCUUAACUUAUAAGCACCUUUUUGUUAAACCUAUGCUGGAAUGACAUGAAGCAUUUAUUGCUGAACAUCCAGCAGUAUUAAUGUCACUAUUGAUAUUAUCUAGGAAAUUUUCAAACUGAUGUGGAGAAAAAAUUGGAAUUAGGAAUACUGUGAAAUUUAUAAUCCUACUGAACAGGACACAAUGGUACUGCCAGUUGUGUAAUCAAAUAGUCUUCAAAAUUGAAUGCAACUAUUGCAUAAUUGUGAUUAAUAACUUAAAGUAAUAUAUGCAUGUAAAUCCUUCCAUGUGAAUAGUGAAUCAGAUCAAACUUAAUAAAUCUUGGUACUGUCCACAUUGUGUUGAAGAUGUUGAAUUUAAGAUUCCUUUUACAGUCAUGUUUGUGGCUUAUGGGGGAGAAAAAAUACACUCCAGCACAAUAUGUGAUGAGCCUCAGUGAUGAUUACUGUGCAACAGGGAAGAGUUUGGACUUGUCCAAGUAUUAUGAAUAAUUCCAGGUGAAUCUUUUUUAGUGAUAUUCUUUGAAAUGUAUUGUAUUUUGUGUUUUUUGACUUGAUUUUGUUUGUUUCAAAUUCCCCUCUGUGUUUCACUGAGGUGACUGGGUCACAUGAUUUUGAAACCUGGGAUCAGUGCAGUUUCACUGUGGUAAGAAUGUAUGUUUUCAAUCAAGUUCUAAAAAAAUUAAAUAAAUCUAAGGAAGUUGGAUAUUGUUUAUUAAAACUAGUUGCUGUCCAAAUAACACAAACUUUGCAUGCUGUGAUUGAGAUUAUUGGGAUCAUAGCUUUUGGAACACAACUUGUUUUUGAACUAAUUUUUAAAGUGACUGCAUAACUGUAUAAAUCCAUGGAAACAUCAUCUGAUUUGUAAUUGUCUUAAUGUUCAUAAAUGUGCAAAUAACAUUAACAUCAGUGUGCAAUUCCAUUUUAAGACAUAGGUCUUAUUAGGUUUUGUAAUCUUUUUUAAUAUGUAUAUUUCUAUCAAAAAUACCUCAGGCAAGCUAUCUUGUGUGUUCUUGGCUGUCUUUGAAAGGAUCUAUAAAAGUGUGCAGGAGGCUACGUUUUGACUACCUGUUUACUACUGUAUUUUACAUAAUUGGACAUUUUACUUGAGUUAAAGUUUCACAAUGAAUUACAUAUGGAAAUUUGUUGCCGUAAUUGAUCAUGUUUUUCAAGUUUUCAUUGUACAUAAAGGGAUCCCUGCUCAAACUUACUUUUGGACUUUUGUAUCUCCGUGAAGUUAUUUGAGUUGUCUGUAUAAAUAAAUGUCAAAAACAAAGCUUUUAUUUCUUUGCUAUUAGGUUAUUGAGCACAAAGCAAAAUACUUAUGCAAGAAAUGAUUUCUUAACUUCAAGAGCAGAUCAAGGGCUAGAAAUUUGUUGACUCCCCAAAACCGGAUUGCUUUUCCACUGUCAUGUGAUACCUCAGAUAGUAACACAAUCCAUGUCCAAAUGAAGUACGACCUGGAGAGUGUGCAGGUUUGGGCUGAAAAGUGACAAGUAAAGUUUUGCUCAUGAAUGCCAGCCAGGUACAUGGGAGUGCCACCAUCUUCAAGUUCCCCUCCAAACCAUUCACCAUCCUUCCUUGGAAAUGUACUGCCAUUCCUUUCAAUGGUGCAUGAGCAAAACCCUCCUAUACCUACAUCACAUAAACUGCAGCAGAUGAAGGCAGCUCAUUACCACCUUCUCAAGGACAACUAAAGAUAAUAGCUGGGCAAUAAAUGCCCACCCAACCAGCAACGCUCAUGACCCCAAAAAUGAGUUAUUUUUACAUUUUGCCUUUCUUGAAAUGUUUCAUACUAUAUUUUAUUAACUUUGGUCACUAAUAGUGAGUCUAUCA